CUCGCUUAUUUUUUUUGCUUCAAGGUCGAUCGGAUUAAGCAAUCACUUGUUUUCUUCAGUGACAUUCAGUCUAUUCACCAGUCGCUUCCAAAGUUCAGACGUGAGGAGACAUAACGAUACAAAUGACGUCAUGACGCUGAAAUCAAUACAGCCGCCAGGCGCGUCUCACUCACACUGACUCACGACAGCUCACGAAAGCAGAAAGGUAGACUUCGACUUUGGCGCGCGCAAGGCAGCGGCUUUACUUUCUUCUUCCUCUUUCUCCUUCAAAUUUCCUUCACGGAUAAUAAUACAACCACACCCGUAUUCACGAAGAACAGUAUCUACCAUAAUAUCAAAGAAACCAUAACCUCAAGAACAAAGAAACCCCACCAUCCAACCGCAACAAUGCUCUCCGCAAUCCUCCUCGUCAUCAUCGCCAUCUUCCUUCCACCGGUAGCAGUCUUCCUCAUCGCCGGCUGCGGCGCCGACCUGCUGAUCAACAUCUGCCUGACCAUCUUGGGGUACUUCCCGGGACACAUCCACGCGUUUUACUUGCUGUACGUCUACUACAAGCGCAAGGAUCACGUGACCAAUGGCAUCGUCGACACCGCGCCUGCGCCGGGCGUCUACUCGGAUCGCAUCCAGAGGGGCGGGGAGACCACCUACGGGACUGUCUAGAGGG